AUGCAGAAGCUGCGCAGCGUCUUCGGUCUCGAAUCCUUCCGCACGAACCAGCUCGAGGCGAUCACCGCGCUGCUCUCCGGACAGGACUCAAUGGUGCUCAUGCCCACGGGCGGGGGCAAGAGCCUGUGCUAUCAGCUGCCCGCGGUGUGCGAGGGCGGCAAGACGCGGGGCACGAUAAUCGUAAUCGGGCCGCUGCUUGCGCUGAUGCAGGACCAGGUGGCGGCGCUACAAGACAAGGGCGUCGACGUCGCGUUUUUCAACUCGGAGCAGACGCACGAGGAGGUGAAGGACGUCUGCCGGCGGCUGGUCCAUCCGAUCAAGCGGCAGCGUCCAAACCUGCUAUACGUGACUCCGGAGAAGCUGAAGCACAGCUCCGCGUUGAUGUCGAUAUUGAGGCAGCUAUACACCGAGAAGCACUUGAAAGGAUAUGUGCUUGAUGAAGGCCACUGUGCGGUCAAGUGGGGUCGGGACUUCCGUGAUGCGUACCGGUUCCUUAACUGUCUCCGCCAGGACUUCCCGGGCAUUCCGAUCAUGGCCCUGACCGCGACGGCGACGGCGCACGUGAAGCAUGACCUCAAGCAUCUCCUGCGGAUCCCCCAUUGUGUCGAGUUCUCGCAGUCGAUGAAUCGCCCGAACCUGAACUACGAGGUGCGGCCGAAGAAGAAGAUGGUGCUUCAGGAGAUCGCACAGUUUAUCAAGGAGAGCCACGCCAGGGAGACCGGGAUCAUCUAUGCGCACAGCCGCAAGUCGUGCGAGGAGAUCGCGUACAAAUUGAGGGAAGAACAUGGUCUCGAUGCACGUCACUUCCAUGCCAAGGUGGAUUCAAGGGACAAGGCGGAAACAUUAGAUAGCUGGAAGACGGAUGCAUGUCAGAUAAUCGUUGCGACAAUCGCGUUCGGUAUGGGUAUAGACAAGUCAGACGUGCGAUUUGUGAUCCAUCACGACUUGCCUGGCGAUCUCGACGGCUACUACCAAGAGACAGGACGAGCUGGUAGGGAUGGGCAGCCUGCUGAUUGCAUUUUGUUCUACCAAUACAGAGAUGCCACCAUCAGGCAACAGCAAAUCCGCGACAACAAGGAUAUCAAUGAGACUGAGAGGGCCCACCAAACCGACGAGUUGCGCCGGGUCGUUCAAUUCUGCCAGAACAACGUCGACUGUCGGCGGAUGCAGGUUCUGGCAUACUACGGAGAGAACUUCGAUAUAGCCAUCUGCCGAAACGGUUGCGACAACUGCCGUAAUCCGCUCGACACGGAGGUUGAAGACGUCACCGAGACGGCGGUGCAGAUCAUACAGCUUGCUCAAUCGCUCAUCACCGAAAGCGGCGAGUGGGUCACGCGUAAUCAUUUGGUUGACAUCAUCAAGGGCAGUGCAGCGCAGCAAAUCAAGGCUAAGGGGUGGAACAGCCAGUCUUUGUAUGGAUUGGGGAAGGACAUGUCCAAGGAGCGUAUUGAGCGGCUGGUCGAUCGCUUGGAAACGGAAGGCGUCUUCUGUCAGACCACUGCUAGGAACGGGGGCGACUGGUCUCAGUCGUAUAUGCAGGCAAGCAUCUGA